UUUUCCAGAAGAUCUAUACCAAAGGGAGACCGCCCUGGUAUGACAAGUUUGGAAAUACCCUCAAGCAGCCUUAUUUGAUUGGGAUUUGUGGCGGUUCCGCUAGCGGCAAAACGACAGUUGCUGAGAAGAUAAUCGAAAAACUUGAAAUUCCUUGGGUUACGAUUUUGAGCAUGGACAGUUUUUAUAAGGUUUUGAACGAAGAGGAACAUAAGCUUGCUGAACAAUCCAAUUACAAUUUUGAUCAUCCCAAUGCUUUCGACUUCGACCUUCUAUUUGAGGUUCUAACAAGACUUCGUGAGGGAAAAAACUGCGAAGUUCCGGUUUACGACUUCACUACUCAUUCUAGGGAUAAUAAUCCAAAGAUGAUGUAUGGCGCGGAUGUGUUGAUUUUCGAAGGGAUUCUCGCCUUCCAUCGCCCUGAAAUCGUUGCUAUGAUGGACAUGAAAGUGUUCGUGGACACAGAUGGAGAUGUCCGUUUAGCUCGUCGCCUCAAUCGAGACAUUAAUGAACGAGGCCGUGACACCAUUGGAGUGCUUGAUCAGUAUUUCCGAUUCGUUAAGCCAGCUUUUGAAGCUUACAUAGCACCAGGCAUGAAGUUUGCUGAUAUCAUCGUUCCAAGAGGUGGCGACAAUGACGUGGCGAUAAAUCUGAUUGCGAAGCAAGUGAAAACUCAGCUCAUCAAACGC